UCACAGAUCGACUGUCGGAGGUGUCCAACGGAGACAAAGGAGACGCUGCUCUGUUCUUCAUCACUUCAUCACUUCAUCAGUUCAUCAGCGUGUCUGAACCCUCUGAUCAUGUCUCUGCUCUCAGCUGUGCUGCUGAUGUCACUGUGGUGCGUUCAGGGUCUGCGUGUAGACGUGAUUCCCCGCAGGCCUCUAUUCAGACUCGGGGAGCGUCAUCAGCUGGCGUGUCGGGUCCUGGACUGUCGCGGAAUGCCGAGCGUGUCCUGGUCCCUGCUGGAGGACCGACCUCUGACCGCCUCCAUCAGCACCAACAGGACCCAGUCUGUGGUGACCUUUGACCCUGUGAUGAUGGAGCAUGAAGGUGCGCUGCUGUGUAAAGUUAUGUGUGGAGGAGAAAGCAAACAGAUGAAGACGACAGUGCGGGUUUACUCCUUCCCAUCAGCCCCUGUGAUCAGAGGUCAGGACCUCCUGAGGCUGGGGGUGGAGUCCAGCCUGACCUGCCAGGUGUCUGAUCUUUACCCCACUGAGCUGCUGAUUCUCACCUGGCUUAGAGGAGACACUGUCCUGCAGAGCGUUGUGGGUGAUCCUGGGUCCAGCUCGGUCCAGUCUGAGUACAGAGUCACCUUUCUGAACCAGGACUCGGGAGGAAACAUCAGCUGCAGAGCCACACUGGACCUGCAGGACCUGCCAGCUGAGGACAGGACCAGAGAGACCACUGUCCCCCUAAACCUGCUCUAUGCUCCUGUUGUCACGGCAACACCAGACUCUGUGUUGGUGAUGGCCGGCUCUUCGCUCACCCUCACCUGUUCCGCGGAAGGAAACCCAGAGCCAAGCAUCACCUGGAGCUUCAGGACGGCGUCCGGUCAGUCUGUGCCGCGGGGUCGCGGCCACCAGCUGGUCUUCUCGGCAGUGAAUCUAUCUGAGGCCGGAUGGUACGACUGCGAGGCCAGAAAUACCGAGGGCAACCAGACCGCUGCUGUGGAGGUCACGGUUCAUGCUCCACCUACCAACACCUCCCUCUCAGUGAGUCCAGGUCAGGAGGUGCUGGAGGGUCAGCAGGUUACGGUUACCUGCCACUCAGAGGGAGCUCCGCCCACCACGCUGGUGCUGAAGAGGGAGGGGGUGGAGCUUCAUAGGACUGACCCCACUUCCUCCUCCACGCUCUCCUUCAGCCUCUCCCCGGCCCUGCUGGAAGACUCCGCCCACUACCAGUGUGAAGCCUCCAACCAGUACGGAUCCCAGCUGGUCACCAGCUUCAUCACUGUCACAGCUCAUCCUCUGCAGGUGGAGCUCAGUCCUCUGGUCUCAGCAGCAGAGCUGGGUUCAGCACUGCUCCUGACCUGCAGAGCCUCCGGAUGUCUCCACCCCCCCACCCUCACCUGGAGGAGGACGGACCGGGACCGGACCUUCCUCCAGAGGACACAGCAGCAGGACGGACUGUCGCUGCUCCAGCUACAGGACCUGGACUUGGAGGAUCAGGGAGGGUACAGCUGUGAAGCAGAGUGUGACUCCGUCGUCAGGACCGGAAGCACCCAGGUCCACGUCCUCUCAUUUCCAUCUGAUCCAGUUCUGGAGGAUCCUGGUCCCGUCCUGCUGAGUGAGGAGGCAUCCCUUCGCUGUGAUGUCAACGAUGUCUUUUCAGCCAAUCAAAUGAGGAUCCAGUGGCUGUCGGGGAACACGGUGCUGAUGUCAGAGUCGUUCAGCUUCUCCGGUUCCCUACAGAACGUCUCCUCUGUUCUUCAGCACCAGGUGGAGGAAGAUCAGCAGGUUCUGACCUGCAGAGCUGAGCUGCUGACAGAGGAUGGAAAUGUGUGGAGGUCUAGGAGGACCAGCAUCCCCCUGCAGGUCCACUAUCCUCCGAGGAGAACCUCCCUCUCAGUGAGUCCCGGUCAGGAGGUGCUGGAGGGUCAGCAGGUUACGGUUACCUGCCACUCAGAGGGAGCUCCGCCCACCACGCUGGUGCUGAAGAGGGAGGGGGUGGAGCUUCAUAGGACUGACCCCACUUCCUCCUCCACGCUCUCCUUCAGCCUCUCCUCUGCCCUGCUGGAAGACUCCGCCCACUACCAGUGUGAAGCCUCCAACCAGUACGGAUCCCAGCUGGUCACCAGCUUCAUCACUGUCACAGCUCCUCCAAGGAACACCACAGUUCACGUCCUGCCAUCUACAGUGGUCCAGGAGGGACAAAACGUCACCAUCUGCUGCCAAACUAUCAGCUUCCCGCCAUCAGCUGUGGUCCUGAAGAAGCUCACCAAUGGGAUAGAGCUUUAUUCGACCAGCGGUACCUUCCUAUUGGUCAAUGUCACAGCGAGAGACUCUGGUCUUUACCAGGUCAACGUGACCAACAACCUCGGAUACCAGGUCAAAGUCUUCAGUAUCAGUGUCAGAGAGAGAAGUACCAGCCUUCCUCCCAGUUUUAGCGUUGUCAUCAUCCCAGUUGUCUGUGUUGCCGCUGGUCUAGCAGCUGCUACUCUGCUCCUGGACUACCUGAGGAGAUCCAGGAAGAAAGGCUUCUAUCAACUGCCACAGUCUGCUCCACCCUCAGCCUGAGGCUAACACUGGGCUACCACCUCCCAAACAGUGGCUAUCAAGAUCCAAAAUGUGGCCACCAAGUUCAGCACGUGGCUACCGAGAUCCUAGACGUGGCAACAAUGUUGUAACAUGCUGCUUUGAUGUCCCAACAUGUGGCCUUCAUGUUCCAAUAUGUGACUACUGACUUCCAUCAUGUGACCUCAGUAUUCCAAUAUGUGGCUACAACAACCUAACAUGUGACUACCACUUCCUAAUGUGUAGUUGCCAUCUCCUGGCAUGUGGCUUUGAUGUGCUAACAUGUGGGUAAUAUGUCCAAACAUGUGGCUACCACCUCCCAUCUUGGGAAAUCAUCCUUGACUGCUGAUUUGCAACAUGUGAUUUUAAUAUUACAAUUUGUGACUUAGACAUCCCAACGUAUCUCAGUAUGUGGAUACCACCUUCCAGUGUCCCAGUAUGUAGCUACUACACCAAUGCCUGUUGCUACUAAUGCCCAACAUGUAACUACCACUUCACAGUAUACUAACAUGGCUUUCAUAUUCCAUGAUGACUACCAUGUCCUAAUAUGUGACUACCCUCACCCAACAUGUGACUGCGACCUCCAAAUACCCAAAUAUGUGGCAAGUAGAUCCAAGCUUUUUUUCUUUAACACUCUGUCUAACACAACCGAAAAUGUGACAAGCAAACAAGACGUGAUUGCGUCAUUCCAUGACAUCCAAGUAUGUGACCAGUGGCUUGACACAGUGCUACCACAUGACAACUCAUUUUCACCAUCCAAUCCGAUGCUUCCCUCCCACAUCCCAGUAUGUGACUGCUACACCCUAACAUUUUCAAUUUCAAUUCAAUUUCAAUCUUCAACUUUAUUUAUAUAGCGCCAAAUCACAACGGAAGUUGUCUCAGGACACUUUCCAUAUAGAGCAGGUACAGACCAGACUCUUUAUCUGCAGAGACCCAACAGUUCCCUCAUGAGCAAACACUUGGCGACAGUGGAGAGGAAAAACUAACAACUAACACUAACUAACAAACUAAACAGAAACCUCAAGCAGAACCGGGAGGAGGGGGGCGGCCAUCUGAGAAAGCACAAAGACUCCGGGGAAGAAGCCAAGUCAGGAAUAUGUCUUGAUAGGACAGGACUACAUACAGAUGGAGAGGGAGAGAAAAACAGAGCUUUGGUGUCUUUGGAAGUCCCUCGGCACUCUAAUCCUAUGGCAGCAUAGCUAGGCUCUGGUCCAAGACAAGCCUGAGCCAGCCCUUAGUGCAAGAUUUAUCAAAAGGGAAAGUUUUGGGCCUGCUCUUAAAUGUAGAGGGGGUGUCUGCCUCCUGGACAAAGACUGGAUGGUUCCACAGGAACUUGAUAGCAAAAGGCUCUGGCUCCCAUUCUGGUUUUAGAGACUUUAGGGAGCACCAGUAAGCCUGCAUACUGGGUUCACUGUGUUCUACUGGGGUAACAGGGUACUAUGAGCUCUUUAAGAUAAGAUGGUCACUGACCAUUUAAUGCUUUGUAGGUAAGGAGGUUUUAAAUUCUAUUCUGGUUUAGGUGGAGAGUAUUUAGCAAUGAAUUGGGGCAGCCUGAUGGUAAGGAAUUGCAAUAAUGCAGCCUGGAAGUAACAAAUGCAUGGACUAGUUUUUCUGCAUCAUUUUGAGACAGGAAGUGCCUGAUUUUUACAAUGUUAUGUAGGUGGAAAAAGGCAG